AUGGGAGUCCAACGAGAGCCCGGACAAAAAGGCGUAAACUGGUCGAACAUUGCCGUCGGCGCCAUUAUGAACAUGCUAACCAAUACCCUUAUGCUUCUCUUCUAUGCAGUUCGAGGUAGACAACUUUUUUUUCGCAGUAGAGUCAAGUACCCAUCUAUACCGCAGGUCACCACGCUUGGUCAACCGUUAGAGGUGCUCAAGACUCAAAUGGCUGCGAACCGCUCCCAGCCAAUGUGGCAAGCAUUCAAGGCUGUCGCCGCUCGAGGCGGUGUUGCCGGAUUCUAUCAGGGUCUCAUUCCCUGGGCUUGGAUAGAGGCAUCUACAAAGGGCGCCGUUCUCAUUUUCGCCGCCUCAGAAGUCGAAACGGCAACGUUAGGGAUGGUUGGCCCAGCCGCUGCUGGCCUUCUCGGUGGAAUGACGGGUGGUAUCGCGCAGGCUUACGCGACCAUGGGGUUCACGACUUGCAUGAAGACUGCCGAAAUCACGCGUCAAAAAACAGCGGCGAGCGGCGUUAAGCCUCCUUCGACAAUGGCCCUCUUUAUGGAUAUUUACCGUCGUGAGGGUCUUGCCGGCGUCAACAAGGGAGUGAAUGCCGUCGCCGUCCGCCAAUGUACCAACUGGGGCUCUCGAAUGGGUUUUGCGCGUCUUGCGGAGACCGGCAUUCGUAGAGUCCGGGGCAAAUCUGAUUCUGAUUCCCUGGGUGCAUUCGAUAAGAUUUUGGCUUCGUCGAUCGGUGGCGCCCUUGCAACAUGGAACCAGCCCAUUGAAGUCGUCCGUAUUGAGAUGCAAUCUAUGGUCAAAGACGCCGCCGCCAAUGUCAACCGCCCCGCCAAACUGACGGUGUUCAACACCCUUGCAUUCGUUUACAAGGAGAGUGGAAUGCGUGGCCUCUACCGUGGAGUGACGCCUCGCAUCGGCCUUGGCAUCUGGCAGACAAUAUGCAUGGUCUCACUAACUGACUAUGUUAAAAUCUGGGUGAAGGGCAACAAGCACCUACUUCCUAAUGGAUACACAUCCAUCAACUUCCGGGGACAUGAGAAGGCCGGUCUUGGCCCGAACCGGUCAUGA